AUGUCUCGCCAGUCGAGUGUGUCCUUCCGAAGUGGGGGCAGCCGCUCUUUCAGCGCCGCCUCUGCCAUCACCCCGUCUGUCUCUCGUACCAGCUUCAGCUCGGUGUCCCGCAGUGGUGGUGGUGGUGGUGGCAGGGUCAGCCUUGGGGGUGCUUAUGGAGCAGGUGGCUAUGGCAGCCGGAGCCUGUACAAUGUGGGGGGCUCCAAAAGGAUAUCAUUCAGCUCUGGCGGUGGCAGCUUCAGGAACCGAUUUGGUGCUGGUGCUGGAGGAGGCUUCGGCUUUGGAGGAGGAGCCGGCAGUGGAUUUGGCUUUGGUGGUGGAGCUGGUAGUGGCUUUGGCUUCGGUGGUGGAGCUGGCUUUGGUGGUGGCUACGGGGGCGCUGGUUUCCCCGUGUGCCCCCCUGGAGGCAUCCAAGAGGUCACAGUUAACCAGAACCUCCUCACCCCUCUGAACCUGCAAAUCGACCCUACCAUCCAGCGGGUGAGGACUGAGGAGCGCGAGCAGAUCAAGACCCUCAACAACAAGUUUGCCUCCUUCAUCGACAAGGUGCGCUUCCUGGAACAGCAGAACAAGGUCCUGGACACCAAGUGGGCCCUGCUGCAGGAGCAGGGCACCAAGACCGUGAGGCAGAACCUGGAGCCUUUGUUUGAGCAGUACAUCAGCAACCUCAGGAGGCAGCUGGAUGGAGUGCUGGGAGAGCGGGGCCGCCUGGACGCAGAGCUGAGGAACAUGCAGGAUCUGGUGGAGGACUUCAAGAACAAGUAUGAAGAUGAGAUCAAUAAGCGUACCACUGCUGAGAAUGAAUUUGUCAUGCUGAAGAAGGAUGUGGAUGCUGCCUACAUGAACAAGGUGGAACUAGAGGCCAAGGUCGAUGCCCUGAUGGACGAGAUCAACUUCAUGAAGAUGUUCUUUGAUGCGGAGCUGUCCCAGAUGCAGACACAUGUCUCAGACACGUCCGUGGUGCUGUCCAUGGACAACAACCGCAGCCUGGACCUGGACAGCAUCAUCGCCGAAGUCAAGGCCCAGUAUGAGGACAUCGCCAACCGCAGCCGAACAGAGGCUGAGUCCUGGUACCAGACCAAGUAUGAGGAGCUGCAACAGACAGCUGGUCGGCAUGGCGAUGACCUGAGAAACACCAAGCAUGAGAUCUCGGAGAUGAACCGGAUGAUCCAGAGGCUGAGAUCUGAGAUCGAUAAUGUCAAGAAGCAGUGUGCAAACCUUCAGAAUGCCAUUGCUGAUGCAGAGCAGCGUGGAGAGCUGGCGCUCAAAGAUGCCAGGAACAAGUUGACUGAGCUGGAGGAGGCCCUGCAGAAGGCCAAGCAGGACAUGGCCCGCCUGCUGCGCGAGUACCAGGAGCUCAUGAACACCAAGCUGGCCCUGGACGUGGAGAUCGCCACCUACAGGAAGCUGCUGGAGGGCGAGGAGUGCAGGCUGAGUGGAGAAGGAGUUGGACCAGUCAACAUCUCUGUUGUCACAAACAGUGUCUCUUCUGGCUAUGGAGGAAACAGCCUGGGCUUUGGCGGUGGCAGCGGUUUUGGCAUUGGCACCGGCUUUGGCGGUGGCCUUGGCAGCAGCCUGGGAGGAGGUGGCGGAGGUUACUACUCCAGUAGCAGCGGGAGCGCUGGUUUAGGUGGUGGGCUGAGUGUCGGGGGCUCUGGCUUCAGUGCAAGCAGUGGCCGGGGCAUGGGCUUUGGCAGCGGUGGGGGCAGCAGCUCCAGUGUCAAAUUUGUCUCCACCACCUCCUCCUCCCGGAGGAGCUUCAAGAGCUAA